AUGAAGAAAUCUAAUUCAUCUAACUCUUCAUCUAUUUCUAAGUAAAGUCAAAAUAAAUAGUUACACAACUAAAAAACUAAAGCUUCAUUCUUAAGAAAAUUAAAAACAGAAGAUUUUUCUUUAAGAAGGAAAUUGAUGAAUCAAAAUGUAAUUGGAAAAUUAAAAGUUUUGAUAAAGGAAUGUUAAUAGCAUGUAUAUAUAUUAUUAGAAGAUCCACAAAGUUCAAAUUUAGCAAAAGUGAUAUAAAUUAUACUUUUGCUAAGCAUUUUAUUAUCAUGUAUUACAAUAAUAGUGGAUUCUAUUUAUGAAUCAGGCAAUGAAACCUAUGAUUCUGUAAGUUCUACUAUUGAACUGUAUUUAUUUGUAUUUUUUGGUACUGAGUAUCGUAAGAUUAUAUAUUUAUAAUUAGUUUUACGUUUAUUUUCAACAAGUGCUUUUGAUAGAUCACUCUUGUAAUUUAUAAUUUCUCCAAUGAAUUUGAUUGAUUUUGUAUCCAUUUUACCUUUUUUGUUAAGUUUAACAUUAACAGAUGGUUCAUUUUCAUAAUUAAGAGUUUUAAGAUUAAUUAGAUUCAUAAGAAUAUUUCGUUUGUUUAAAUUGUCUAGAUUCAUGAAAGAAAUUUCAAUGUUAGUAAUUUAUUUUGAUAAUUAAGGCAGAUACAGUGAAAAAUUCAUUAAAAGAUAUACUAAUGCUUAUUGUAAUGUUAUUUCUAAUGGUGAUCUUUUUUUCUACAAUUAUAUACUAUUUGGAGUAUAAUGAAGAUGAAAGUGAUUAAGGAGAGAAUCAAAUUAGAUCAAUUCCAGAUGCAAUAUGGUGGUGUGUUGUUACAAUGACAACAGUUGGUUAUGGUGAUUUGAUACCUUAAACAAUAUAAGGGAAAUUUAUAGCAUGUAUAACAGCCUUAUUAGGAACUACAACAAUAUCAUUACCAGUUGCUAUAAUGGGGAUUAAUUUUUAUAGAACAUUAAAGGAAAAUGAUGAAAAUUUAGAGAUUGAUAAAUUAAAAUAGAAAUAUUCAAUUUCAAAUGAAGUUGCUUCAAAUGAUUAAUUAAAUUUAAGAGAAUUAUAAUUUAUGGAAAAUCGUUUAGAAUAAUUAUAUGAGAAUAAUGAGAAGGUUUUAGAUUAUUUAGAAUAAUCAUAAUAACUAUUUGAUGAAUUGACAGCUAAUUUGAUGAGUUUAUAUAAGGCAUUAUCUGAGGAGAUAGAUUUACAUUUAGAAUAUAGAAUGAAAAGACUUAAGAUGAAAUAGAGAGUAAUGAAAUAUAUAAUUAUAUUUUAGAUAAUGAAAAUUGAAAAGAAUAUAGAAUAGAAAAAAUCAAUAGAAAUUAAUCAAUUAAUACAUUCUUAUCGAGAAAAUUAAAAAAAGAUAGCAUUGUCUCCUAUGAUGGAUGAAUCUAGAAUUGAGAGUAUAAAUAGUGUACAUUCAAGAUUAUAAAGUCUUGGAAAUAUUAAAAGAAGUAGUAGAAUAAGUCAAAUAAAGCAUUUGAAGAGUUCAAGUCUUUUCAAAUCUGCAAGAGAAAUUAAUUUUGAUGCAAAUAGUGAAUUAAAAAGUGACCAUAUAUAAAUACAUGAAAUUCAUAUACCUGAUCCAAUGGAUGAUACUCCUUUAGACAAUUAAUAGAUUAGAUAAAGUUAAAUAGAAGUGAGCAUAAGAGAUGAAUCAAUACAUUCAAGAGGUUCAAAUAAUUAAGAGAACUGCGAUAUUUAAAAUAAAAUAUAAUGCUUGA